AUGCCAAUUCUGUCGCUCGCGCAAGGUGACUACGACCAACACAUCCACAAUGCCUACACUUUACUGGUUCUGGAUACACUGGCGCUGAAGCUAAUGCAACUCCGUUAUCUUAGGUCAAAUGUGAUGGCGAGCGCCCACGCUGCACAACUUGUCAAACACAGCAACGGCCGUGUCAAAUAUCAAAAUACAGGGCCGCACAACGAGGUCGACGGAGUUCCGCUGUCAAAAGAGCACCGAAAUACACUUUCUCCCAAACAGUCGCUCGCAAUUGUUGAACCCGGCGAGGCUAGUCUGACAAUUAGCAGACAUAAUACUGAACCUUCGGAAAUGAAUGCUUUGGUUCAGAGUGACAUCGGCCUCUCUUUUCAUGGACCAACCUCUUCCUUCCGAGGACCAGCUUCGCCAACAUCACAGGCCAGUUCCUCAAACGCAAGAAAGGAUUCAUUAUCUGCUCCGGACAGAAAACGCAAGGAGCAAGAAUGGAGAACUCAACUGUUUGCCAAUACAUCACUGGAAAGACAGAAGGAACAAGCGUACAUGACUGAGAGGAGAUUUGACCUUGAUGGUGUGGAUUUCGAAACGGCUUUGGUACUCUUUGAUCUCUACUGGAACCAUCAACACAAUACAUAUCUAGUAACUUACAGACCAGCAAUAAUGCACAGCCUUGCCACUGGUGGGAUCUAUGUUAAUAAGCUUUUGCUUAAUGCCAUUUUCUACACAGGCUCCUUGCAAAGUGGUCGGAUCACACUCAUGGAUGAUCCAUCAGACAGUCAGACUCUUGGAAAGCGAUUUCUUAAUCGUUUUCAAGCACUUUUGGCUUCAGGAAUCCAGAAAUCCAGCAUUGCAAGUGUGAGCGCCCUGAUUGUCAUGGGCUCGGCCCUACUGACAAGAGGCCAGCAAACCCUCGGAUGGCUCUAUUGUGGGAUUGCUUAUCACAUGAUUGUCGACUUGGGCUUGCACGUUAACCCUGAAAAGGUUCAUAUGGCCAGCUUGAGCUCUGCGGAAACAACAUAUUCCCUCACUUCAAUCGACAUUGAGCAGCAACGUCGUGUACUUUGGGGCGCCUACAUGAAUGACAGAUUUCAAUCUCUAUAUUUCGGAAGGCAGCCUGCCCUCCAUCUUAUCCCUGGUCUCGAGCCGCCCCAGGAACUUCUAGAUACCUACGAUGAAUUGGAGCUGUGGUCACCAUCUGUGGAUCCGUUGAGUGCGCAGAAUGUUCAUUCGUAUACGCCGCAGUUUAAACACAACGUCACAAACAGAAAUGCCUUGCUCCGUCUAGCAGAGAUAACCUCUGAGAUUGUCGACAGAUUCUACACACCAAAGUUGAAGAGUUCGUCCCAGGAAGCCGUGCUGCAGGAAUUGGCAUCGGUUCAAGCGAAACUUGAUGAUUGGCUUUCAAAGCUCCCUGAACACUUGCAGUAUGAUCCAGCUAAAGAUCCUGCUCCGCCACCUCACAGGUUUUAUCCUCAUACGACUUUCCACACCCUCGGCAUCUUGCUAUACCGGCCAUAUCUACGUGACGGUCAUCUUAACGAGAUUGCACUAAAUGAGGAUACAAUAAAACAGAGAUGUAUCUCAUCCGCGAUGCAGAUCUACCGUUUGGCUCAAGCCUAUCGAGACGCAUUCACUUUACAUCGAGCUCCUUACCUUUUCUCUUACGCACUCUUCUCUGCCGCCACCGUCAUCCCGCUCCACUGGGAAGAUAAUCCCCCCGAAGUGAGCGUGAUUACUUUCUUCUGGAAUGCGCUCAAAGAGCUUCAAGAAGGAGCUAAUUUUGGGUUCAAGAAACCUAUUCUGAUCAUUCGAGGUAUGUUCGAGCAAGCGGGGCUCGACUUGAAUACUCUCGCUACAUUACAUGAAACAAUGAGAGAAAGCCAGAAUUCUCAGCCCGUUGUCGAAGACACCAAUAACAGAUCCGAAAGAGGGCUAUAUGAUCCUGAUAUUGGCUUGCUUGGAGUUGAUGACUUUCAGGAAUACCUGAUGACAGAGAAUCUCGACUCAUUUGCAACAGCAGACGAAAUGGGCCUAGCUGAGCAGCCUAAUAUGUUGUAUGGACUAUUUGGCCAGCCAGCCGAGUUUUACGUUCCGCAGAACAGCGAUAUUUGA